CUUUUGAUGCACAUGGAUGUCUCUCUUUCUAUCUGAUUUCCCUACCUGCAAAAACUAGUCUUUCGCCGGAAGUCCCAGAAAGCAUUACGACCCACUGCUUGGAUCUCAUUCUCACUGAGAGGCCUGUCCAGGGCAGAUAUUUUUACUCAUAUAUCUAGAGGGUAAUCAGGCCCAAAGUCUACCAGUUUUCAAUUAAUUAGCUAGAUUCGAGGAAAUGAGCAAAGGUCUUAUAUGGGCAACAACAGCGGAUUUGAUGGCAAACAGAGGACGAGUUCUUUCCCUUUAUCGCCAAAUUUUGCGAAGCCUCAACUCUCCAAAGUUGCCGCUUAAUUUGGCAGCAAGACUUGCUAAGAAAGCUGAAGUUCGUGUCAUUUUCAUGGCGGGUUCUGAGGAAAGAUCCAUCCACAACAUCAAGGACUUUAUCGAUAUUGCUGAGCACUCACUCUUACUUUUGAAGAAAGGUGAAAUCCCAAAAAACACCACACAAUAUUAAUCUCGUUGGAGUUAUGUUAGAGGAAAAGUCUCUUUGUAAAUUCAAUUUUAGUUCAAUGAGUAAACAUUGUAAAAUAGAUAUAAAAACUUAUUUCUACUUGUAAAAUGAGGAGGUGAGGAUGAUAUCAAUAUUCAUUGGAUUUGUUGCUUAUUUUAUAAGCUUUUCCAGGCUUGUCAAAAGAUGAAACUAUGUUAAUCAGCAAGAGUAUGCUUGGGGUGGAUUGAAGAAA